GCCAGGCAGGUUCCGGUCCCACCGGAAGCACGUGGCCCCCCACCCCUUGGCGGUUGCCAGGGAGACAGGGCUGUUUACCAGCUGGCCGCAGCCGGGCGCAGGAGGCGGAUGGACCUAAGCUGCGAGGGGUCCUGAGAAGCAAUGGCCACAGAAGCCCCUGUGAACCCAGCACCGCCUGAACGCAGCACUGUGGUCAGUACCGCAGCCUAUAGCUUCAUCUGGCAGCCCAGCCCACUCAGGAUGCACGUCAUCAGGCCUAAGUCAGCCAAGGGCCGGAAGCGGCCGAAUCUGCACAGACCACAAGGCAUGGAAGAUGGCUCUCCCAGUGCACUGUCCUCUUCACCUCCACCAUGUUCCUCCGGGCCGCCAAGCAGCCAGAAACGAGGAGCCUGCGCAUCCGUCUCUCCGUCUCAGGGAGCCCCUGAUGAGAUGCCAGAGCUGCUGCAGCAGGCGCCCAUCAGGGCCGCCUCAUCUCUCAAUAGGUACCCAGUCCUCCCGUCCAUCAACAGAAGGAACCUGGAGGAAGGGGCUGUGGACACAGUGGCCAGCAAGGCCAGUUCUCUGCAGCUGGGCAGUGUCCAGGCCCUUUACCAAGAGGAGGCUCACACCACUAUAAAGUCAAACCAGGAUGACUCCAGAGCCGAAGUCUGUGCCUUAGAGAAGAAAUUCAUCAUUCGAACCAAGAGACAUAGUUCCUCCAGGGCCUCAAACAUGGAAGAGCCAUCAGACCAAGAGCCGAGGCUGCUGCUGGCUAUCAGGUCACCCUCAGGCCAAAGGUUCGUGCGCUACUUCAGGCCCAGUGACGACCUACAGACUGUCCUCUCGGUGGCUGAGCAGAAAAACAAAGCCACCUACCAACACUGCAGCAUCGAAACGAUGGAGGUGCCCAGGAGACGUUUCUCUGACCUCACCAAGUCCCUGCAGGAGUGUGGCAUCCUCCAUAAGUCCGUGCUGGGCAUCUCUCGGGAUGAGGGGGAGGGGUGGCCCUGAGCCCACACCACCAGGCUGAGGCCCCAGGUCUUUGAGCAAAGAGCAUGUGGGCGAGCUGAAGCCUCCAACGCAGCCUGGUUUCAAGUGCCACAUGAGCCCAGUGCAGCUAAGACCCCAGGGCCUUGUCUGUAUAGCGUGCCUGUCUUUGGAGUCUGGGACACAUCUGCACACAGGCUGAGCCCCCUAUUCUCUCCUGCGGCCACAGGGACAUUCCACAGCUGUUCCUAGACAUGGUGUGGCCAGGACUUGCCCUUUCACAGCUGGCUCCUUCCAGAACCGGCUCUUUCUGGAGCACUUGCUGCCAGUACAGCGAACUCUUGGUCUCUCCAAGCCAACACCUUGCCUUUCUGGGAUUCACCUCUUCCCAGAAAGAAUUCUAGUCUAGUAAAUAACCAGAGUUUCGGAAUUCCGGCACUGGC